UCGCAUGCAGCAAGUGGUCUCCUUCUGAUGACAGCCGAGGGCCCGGACAGUGGAUCAGUCUUUCCGGGGUUCAGCAAGUCGAGUAUCCGAGAGGAGAGCCGGACAGCGCCGAUGAUAGUUUGGUAGUAUACCUAUGCGACGGUUGCAUUAACGACAGGCCUUUCCGAAGACACGUCCAGUGCGGCACACGGCACCAAGGAUUUCACUGAACUACAACGGCUACUGCUCCCAACGGCUAACAGUUACACAGCUACAACAGUUAGCCACGGCCGCAGACAGGUAUGUCUGAAGUUAGUCUUGAGGCUGAAUCGGGGAAGACCUCAGCUGAGGACCCUCAGAUGGAUUGUGAGGAGGAGGCUGACAAAGCAGUGGCGAGUUUGAGUGAGGAUGUAAAACAGGAGAGUGUAGACGACAGUGAGGGAAGAGAUGACAGGGCUGAAGUGCUGUACGACAUUGAUAUUGACGGUGCUGACGAAAACCACGAUGUUCAGAAGGAGGAUGAGUUCACUCAGAGUGAGGGUGGGGUGAGGUGCAGCGACAGUCAUGCUGCACACAUGUCUGACAGUGUAGACAAUGGGGGACACGAGACAAACCAUCCUGUUGAAACAGAUGAAACACCAGAGGAAAGCGGAGAUUCGCACACUGAAACAAAGGAAAGCACAAUGGCUGAGGAGUCCCAUAGAAGCUCAGCCGCUGAGAUCCCAGUCACCAGCAACGGAGACCUGGAUCAGAGCCCUGAGACAGUAUUCCAGAGGGACUCUUACCCCAGUGGCCCUGGGGCCCUAAACCUCUCAGAGUCCCAUGUCCCCUCCAGCAACUUCGCUUCAACAACAGAAGGCAUCAUUGAAUCAGGACCAUACAAAGGGUCAGCAAGCCUGCCCACGUCUCCCGUGGCACCUGUAGCUCCCAGCUCGGCUGUUGCUAGCCGCCUGGCACGCUCUUCCAGCGAUAGUCAGGCUGAGACAGGCGCAAUGAAAGCACAGCCACAGAGUGGAGCAGUGGUCCUUUCAGAUGACUUAAAGAACCCAGCCAUGGAAAAACUGGACCUUGUGAGAAAGUGGAGCAUCAACACUUAUAAAUGUACUCGGCAGAUCCUGUCAGAGAAGCUGGGCCGUGGCUCGAGGACCGUUGACAUGGAACUGGAGGCUCAAAUCGAAGUCCUCCGUGACAACAAAAGAAAGUACCAGCAUGUAAUCAAGCUGGCUCAGACGCUGGCCAAUCAGCUGUCCCAGAUGAUGCAGACGCAGAGGCAGCUGGGCGACGCCUUCGCUGACCUCAGCCUCAAGUCACCAGAACUCCAUGAGGAGUUUGGUUACAACGCUGACACCCAAAAGCUUUUGUCCAAAAAUGGAGAGACACUGCUGGGUGCAAUCAACUUUUUUAUCUCCAGUGUUAACACACUUGUGGACAAAACAAUUGAAGACACCAUGCUUAAUAUCAAACAGUAUGAGUUUGCCAGGGUUGAGUAUGACGCGUACCGCACAGACUUGGAGGAGCUGAAUCUGGGGCCACGUGACACCACCACCAUGCCCAAGAUUGAGCUCUCCCAGCAGCAGUUCCAGAUCCACCGCGAGAAGUAUGAGAGGAUGCGAAACGACGUCUCCGUCAAGCUGAAGUUCCUGGAAGAGAACAAGGUGAAGGUAUUGCAUAACCAGCUCAUCUUGUUCCACAACGCCAUAGCUGCGUACUACGCUGGAAACCAAGAGCAGCUGGAACAGACACUCAAGCAGUUUCACAUCAAGUUGAAAAUGCCAGGUGGGGACAGUCCAUCCUGGCUGGAAGAGCACUAAUCACUCCUUUCUGAAGCCAUAGUGGCUCAGUUUGACAGGAAAUGUCGAAUUCUACAGAAACUACAGGAAUCCCUCCCCCCCUCUCAACUCUACUGUCACUGCCUUUCAAACUGUCAGAAUUAUAAAUCUUUUAACUUGAUACAUAAAAUGGAAAAAAAAAAAACAACCUCACAAUCUGUUUUACCCUUGAUGCUAAAUCCAUUCUGUCUCUUCUUUUCAUCAGUUAUUUCAAAUCAUAGGAAAUGCACUUUUAUACUGUUUGACAAAUCUGUUGAACGGGAGUUGCUGCAGUAAACACAUCUGGAAACUGUAAAUGGCCUUUUGUACUCCAGCAUAUGAAUGUUGUAUGUCAGCUUGGCGGACAUGUUGGCUCUGUAAGGGCAGCUACGGGGUCACAACAACUGCCAUUUUACUCACGUUAUUUAUAUUGCUCUAUCAGCUGACUGGGAUGGACACGAAUGCUUUAUGAAAGUGUAAUCAGGAAGCUUGAACAUGAAUACUCUCAUUAUUUGACCGUGCACCUGUUAUGAUAAACAGGGCAAACUGGCAUUCAGAUUUCUGGAUCAUGCAAACUGGUCACUUUUACCAGCAAACUCGGAGUGGUAGUUUGCCAUUUUAAGCUUAUUAUUGUUUAAGCUUAUUUCAUAUUUCAGCUUAUUUCGUUUUGCUGUUCAAUAUAAGGCUGCAGACAGAAGCUUAGCUUAGCUUAGCUUAGCUUGAAAAACUGCUAUCCUGGCUCUGUCCAAAGGUAGAAAAUUCUGCCUACCAGCAACUCUAAACAUCACUAAUACAAAAACCAAAGUGUAUAAAAAAAAACAAGCUGUGUUUUUACAGAAUGCUGUGUGCCUCAGGACAGAGCCACGAGCUGCUCCCCCCCCAAUGCUAAGCUAAGCUAACUAAUCAAUCAAAGAGGAUCAAUCUUCUCAUCUAACGCUUGGCAAGAAAACAUUAGUAUUUCCCAAAACUAUUCCUUUAAAUCAAUGCUUAAAAGUCAUAUUGAUGGCUGUUAACAAUGCAUGUUAUGAUAUGAUUGAUCACUUUUAAUCAACAUUACUCUUCCGUUUUUUAAGCAUUUCCCUAAUUUGUCCACAUUCAUGGCAUAUGACUGAAUGAAAAUGAAAGUGGCGAUUCUCCUAAAUUCCAGAGUAAAUGAAGGACCAGCCUUAUGUGACUAAAUGUGCCUUGAUUUCUUGAAUUUGUUCCUCUCUUCCCCUCCGUGCUAUGAUAUCUGGUCUUGUUACUGAUAACAGACGCUCUCACUACCAGUUUUCGGGACCACUGCUUAUGGGAAGAGAACGGACCAAUCACACACAUACACACACACUCUGAGGAUGUACACAGCCUGUACAACUUUACAUGUUAAAACACCCAACACAAUUACAGCUCCGUUAAAAAAAAUAAUCCAGGAACUUCAGAAAGUCAAAAUGUAUUUUAAGACUUGCUGUUCUCAAAGAUAUUUAUCCAUAUUGCACAUAUGCACAUUUAUGCAUUUGAGACUAAUUACAAAAAGAAACUUGUAAGAACUGUAUGAUAUGUAAGGUGAAAACCAAAAUGUGAUUAACUUGAGAAAGUUUUUGUCUUUUUGUAAAUUUAAAAGACCAGCAUCGUUUGCCUGAGCUGCUAACAGUUUCUUUCAUUGGGCUACAUUAAAAUAUAUUUUUUAGAGAGGACAUAUUGUACGCUGGUAUUGAUAACCAGCUCUCAUGUCUUCACUUUGUUGAUUUGUAUUUUUCCUAUGGGUCACCAUAGCAGUUUGAGAGUGUGGAUCUUGUACAACAAUCUAUUGUUUUCCCUGAAAUAGAUGGAUAUAUAUUUGUAAUUUUCUCUAUUUUACCUUGAGUAUGUAGUCGAUGACCAAUGCUGCCAUUUGGCUUUGUUUUGUUUUCCCUGAAGACCUACAGAAUGAUGUUCUAGUACUAGUAUGUGCUAUUGGAUCUCUACCUUCAUAAUAAUGAAACAUUAACAAGUGUUGAAUUAAGGGAGGACUCUGAAUGCUGUGUGAUCUUUUGGGGAAAAUUAAAGGUUCUUUUCUUUAA